AUGCAGACAGGAACGGUGAAGUCUUUCAACCCCCACAAGGGUUGGGGCUUCGUGGAGUGCAAUGGCAAAGACAGUUUCCUCCACCAGAAGGAUUUGAAGGGACAAUGUCCAUCAGUUGGCGAUUCAGUGACCUUCAAGGUGGAGAGCUCCGAAAAGGGCACCUACGCAACCGAGGUGACCGUCCAGGUGCCCACUGAGGAGGCAUUCUACUUUGGCGACAUCAAACGCUUUAAUCCCGUCAAGGGGUAUGGAUUCAUCUCCUGCGAAGCCUUCCCCGAGCAAGAUGUAUUUCUUUUGAAGUCCGAGCUGCCGCAAGGUUUUGGCCCCGAGGGCGGCCAUUGCAAGUUCAAAGUCACCAAGGAAGAAAAGGGCCCAGCGGCGAAGCAGGUCCAGUUGCUGGGAGCAGCUGGGAAUCAGGCGCAGCAGAUGAGAAGUUGGAUGGGCUGGGGCCCGGGCCCGGGCAAAGGAUGGGGCAAAGGCUACGGCUACAUGCCCUUCAUGGACUGGGGGAAAGGCUGGGGCAAAGGCGGCAGCGCCAGCACAGGCUUCCACAAAUGCAGCUGUGCAGUCCUAUUCAAGGCCAGCAGGAACGGAGUCUUGGAGGAGAUUCUGCAGAACCUGUUCUGUUCUCCUGCUUGCACUUGUGAGCUGGACCCGCACUGCUUUGGUCGACCUUGCGGGGAUGGGCACAAAACCAGCCCAGCCCUGCAUGCAGAUGUGCGGGCGGCCGCCGAGAAACUCGGCUGUGAGCUUGACGUGGGUCGACUGAGCAUGAGUCAGCUGCGCGCCCUUGUACGCGAACGACUGACAAAUGCAUGGGCAAGUGGCGACUUGCAGAAGGCCGUACAGGAGGCUUUGGAGCAGAGUGAGCCCAAGUUUUCAGAGGCUACAGCAGAGCAAAGUAUUCAACUGCUGCAGGAUGAAAUUAAAUUCAUGGCCGAAGAGAGCAAGCUCCUGCACGAGCAGGUUGAUCGACUUAGUUCGGAGAUGCAGCAAUUGCUGCUGACGAAUCAACAGCCGCUUGGCUGCACCCACCAUGCCGAUCCAUGCCUGUUCAUGGUCGGCACGACGCGUUUGCUCGGCCUUGUUGCUUUCAAGUGCAGUGACGACUACUGCAGCCGGCUGAAGUUGAUGGAAUCUUCCUUGACAGCUGACACCCUGUUGAAGCAUCCGUGCCGUGAGCAAAAUUGCAAGGCUCCUCGUUCAGAUCCAGAACGGGGAAUCUGUGGGCAAGCUAAGCUGAGCGCCGCAGAGUGGCCUGAGCUACGUUUUGCUCAUUCCUCUUUUGAGAAGGGAUCGCCAAACUUUGUGGUAAAUUCUACGGAGGAGGCUCGCUGUGACCAGACGGCUCGAAUCACAAAAAUUGUCCAACACAUGUCGCUGGGCCUCCGAGCGCUGCACCUGCCUCGAUUUCUGGUGACAAGACAUCCAAGUGAGCGCGCGUUCAUCUCCGAAAGGAUGGCGACUAACAGGAAAGAUCCCCCGUACUGCCGGGACGACUAUGACAAGCCCGGGUCGAACUUGUACUGCUACGGAAGCCGCGCUGUUGUGUGGCUGGUGCUGUUGCUGAAAAAUUUAGCGCCCAAUGGAGCGCACGGCCAGCUCCCCAAAGCACGGGCCGACCAUCUGAUCAUUGCAACAUUGGGACCCAUUGGGUCGUUUGGCGAAAGUCGGCGAUUAAUUACAGGUACCCGGUGGGAGCCUUCUAGCGCCUUUGCCGAGACAGACCUGCGACAGCAACCUUUGGCACCGCCAUUCUGCAAGUGUCACUUGUGCCGAAGUGCUGCUGCUGCAGGCAAUGCCGUGGAGGUCCAGAUUCGAACGGUGAAGUCCUACAACCCCCACAAGGGUGACCUGCUUGCAAGUUGGGGCUUCGUGGAGUGCAACGGUCAAGACAGUUUCCUUCACAAGAAGGAACUGAAGGGGCAAUGUCCAUCAGCUGGCGAUCCGGUAACCUUCAAAGUGGAGAACUCCGACAAGGGCACCGUGGCCACAGAGGUCACAGUGCAGGUGUCCACCGAUGAGGCGUCCUACUUUGGCGAAAUCAAACGCUUUAAUGCCGUCAAGGGGUAUGGUUUCAUUGCCUGCGAAGCUUUCCCUGAACAAGAUGUAUUUCUUUUAAAGUCGGAGCUCCCGCAAGGUUUUGGCCCCGAGGGCGGCCAUUGCAAGUUCAAGGUCGCCAAGGAAGAAAAGGGCCCUGCGGCGAAGCAGGUCCAGCUGCUGGGAGCUGCUGGGAGUUAUGCCUACGCCAUGCCCUUCAUGGACUGGGGUAAAGGUUGGGGUUUCAUCGAGUGUAAUGGACAAGAUACCUUCGUGAACAAGAAGGAUCUGAAAGGCUGCUGUCCUUCGAAGGGGCACCAGGUUCAGUUCGAGGUGACGCAGUCUGAGAAGGGCUCCCAGGCCACCAAUGUGAGCAUCCUGGCACCUCCAGAAGAGCUCAGUUACUUCGGGCAAAUCAAGAGCUUCAACCCUCACAAAGGCUAUGGCUUCAUCACUUGCGAGGCCUUCCUUGGCAAGGACAUCUUCGUGCUGAAGUCGGAGCUUCCGGGUGGUUACGGCCCCAUAGGGGGCCAGUGCAAAUUCAAGGUGGCCGAGGAAGGAAAGGGGCCUUCAGCAAAGGAUGUGAUGCUCCUGGGCGCUGCCGGCCAGCAAGCGCAGCAGAUGAAAUCCAUGACCUACGUCGGGUCCUAUGGUGGCAAAGGGUGGGACAAAGGCUCCUGGGGGAAGGGGAGUGGUUGGGACUUUUGGGAAAUGGAUGGAAAAGGCAGUUUCGGGGGCUAUGACCCAUGGAUGGGCAUGGGGAUGGUCGCCCCGCCUUGGAAAGGAUAUGGCAAAGGCUAUGGCUGGUGA